AUGCCGGCGGCGGCCGGGGACGGGCUGCUGGGCGAGCCGGUGGCGCCCGGGGGCGGCGGCGGCGCCGAGGACGCGGCCAGGCCGGCGGCGGCCUGCGAGGGAAGUUUCCUGCCGGCCUGGGUGAGCGGCGUGCCCCGCGAGCGGCUCCGCGACUUCCAGCACCACAAGCGAGUGGGCAACUACCUCAUCGGCAGCAGGAAGCUGGGCGAGGGCUCCUUCGCCAAGGUGCGCGAGGGGCUGCACGUGCUGACCGGAGAGAAGGUGGCCAUAAAAGUCAUUGACAAGAAGAGAGCCAAAAAGGACACUUAUGUCACCAAGAACCUUCGGCGAGAGGGGCAGAUUCAGCAGAUGAUCCGCCACCCCAACAUCACCCAGCUCCUUGAUAUCUUAGAGACGGAGAAUAGCUAUUACCUGGUCAUGGAGCUAUGUCCUGGGGGCAACCUGAUGCACAAGAUCUAUGAGAAGAAGCGGCUGGAGGAGUCUGAAGCCCGCAGAUACAUCAGGCAGCUCAUCUCUGCCGUGGAGCACCUGCACCGGGCUGGGGUGGUCCACAGGGACUUGAAGAUAGAAAAUUUGCUACUAGAUGAAGACAAUAAUAUCAAGCUGAUUGACUUUGGCUUGAGCAACUGUGCGGGGAUCCUGGGCCACUCCGACCCGUUCAGCACACAGUGUGGCAGCCCGGCCUACGCCGCACCUGAACUUCUCGCCAGGAAGAAAUAUGGCCCCAAAAUCGAUGUCUGGUCCAUAGGUGUGAACAUGUAUGCCAUGUUGACUGGGACCCUGCCUUUCACGGUGGAGCCUUUUAGCCUGAGGGCUUUGUACCAGAAGAUGGUGGACAAGGAAAUGAACCCCCUCCCCACCCAGCUCUCCACAGGUGCCAUCAACUUCCUGCGCUCUCUCCUGGAACCAGAUCCUGUGAAGAGGCCCAAUAUUCAGCAAGCACUGGCGAAUCGUUGGCUUAAUGAGAAUUACACGGGCAAAGUGCCAUGUAAUGUCACCUAUCCCAACAGGAUUUCCCUGGAGGACCUGAGCCCAAGUGUGGUGCUUCACAUGACGGAGAAGCUGGGCUACAAGAACAGCGACGUGAUCAACACUGUGCUCUCCAACCGCGCCUGCCACAUCCUUGCCAUCUACUUCCUCUUAAACAAGAAACUUGAGCGCUAUUUGUCAGGGAAAUCUGACAUCCAGGACAGCAUUUGCUACAAGACCCAGCUCUACCAGAUAGAAAAGUGCAGGCCCACCAAGGAGCCCUACGAGGCCUCCCUGGACACCUGGACAAGAGACCUUGAAUUCCAUGCUGUGCAGGACGAAAAGCCCAAAGAACAAGAAAAAAGAGGAGAUUUUCUUCAUCGGCCGUUUUCCAAGAAGCUGGACAAGAAUGUGCCCUCGCACAAACAGCCCUCUGCCUCUCUCAUCACUCAGAUUCAGAACACUAAAGCUCUGCUGAAGGACCGGAAGGCCCCCAAGUCCGGCUUCCCCGACAAAGAUUCCUUCGGCUGCCGCAAUAUUUUCCGCAAAACCUCAGACUCCAAUUGUGUGGCUUCUUCUUCCAUGGAGUUCAUCCCCGUCCCACCCCCCAGGACCCCCAGGAUUGUCAAGAGACCAGAGCCCCCUCAGCAGGGCCCUGGGGGCCCUGGCAUCCCCCCCAAGGAAGACCCCCUGGUGCUGGAUAUGGUACGCUCCUUCGAGUCCGUGGAUCGCGAGGACCACCCCGAACCGCUGUCCCCGUCUCAUCACUAUAGGGCUCUAGGCUCACCCGGGGCCUUGGCGCGUGGGAAUCCCGGUGAGCGGACGCUCUCCCCCGCCCUGCUGCCUGGAAGCCUGUCCCCUCUGCAAACUCCUUUGCAUCCCACUCUGGUCUCCUUUGCUCACGAAGAAAAGAACAGCCCCCCAAAGGAAGAGGGCGUGUGUUCCCCAUCUCCGGCUCCCAGUAAUGGCACCACGCAGCCCCUGGGGAGCCCAAAUUGCGUGAAAAGCCGGGGCAGGUUCCCCAUGAUGGGCAUCGGACAGAUGUUGCGGAAACGCCAGCAGAGCCUGCAGCCCUCCGCAGACAGGCCCCUGGAGGCCAGCCUGCCCCCGCUGCAGCCCAUGGCCCCCGUGAGCCUCUCCUUCGAUGUGCCCGACGGGCUCAAAGGCCAGUGCUGA